GUUUUCGACUUUGCAAUUAGAUAAAAUCUUUUCUAUCCAUUUCACACACAAAAAUUAAGGGCUCUCUCAAUUUCAAAAUUCAGCUUUCAGUGUUAGUUAUCCUGAGAAAAAGACAAAAUCUAAUCUUUAAUGGCGAAGAAAGGAGGAGCGACGUUAGCUGAGGAUGCACCAUGGCGAGUUUCUUCAGUAAGACCAUUGCCUAAGAUCAGUCGCUCACCGGUUCUUUCCAUUUCUCAAAGCCCAGAAACCGAUUACGCCAUUUCUGUCAUGAAGCAUCCGAAUCCUGUGGGAGGUGGGUUUGCGAUGGAAGCUGUACUUGAAUCUGCAGGACCCGAAUGCGUUGUUCCUGGCCAAGUUACACCUCUUCGGCUCCUUGGUGUUAAGGUGUGGCCAGUUGAAGUUGAUCUUAAAUUCUUGGAACCAGUGGGAAAAGAGCUGAAAAUGCUUGGAAAGUUCAUGGACAACGCUGUCGAGCUGAUGAAUAAGUCCUUCAUUGACCGUUAAGCAAUAUAGAUAACAGGUCAUAUACUUGUCAUGGUUUUACGUCUGGAGUUUUGGAAUUGCGGGAGAUCUAUCUAGUGCCGGAAUCUAUUGGAGGCAGAGAGAUCCAAUAUGAACAAAGUUGAAUGUGGUGUGUGUGUGUUUGUAUAGAGAAUUUUUACAAACAGAAUCAAUAUGCUAUCAAAUCAUUGGUUUGAAUGAUAAUUUUAAGAAUGUCUUUAAAGGUUAUAUCUAAAGUUCUCCAAGUUUUCUGUCA